AUAUCUUAGGCUGACGUAAGGCCAUGCUGCUUGCCAUGUGCAUGCCCACCUUUGCCCUGGCCAUGUGCUCCUGCCUCUUGCUUUACAUCAGAUCUAGAACUCAUGAGGCUGUGGAAGAAGUUGCUCAUCAGGCUGGAAGUUAACUGGAAACUGAGAAGUGUUUCAAAUCCGAUCAGCGAGAUGAUCUGAUGUGCAAUGAAACUGAAUCAUUGCUAGAGCUGAAACAAAGUAUGAGCAAGGACUGCAAUAGGAUCUGCAAAAAAGGGUGGGACUGACCCUUUCGCAGUAGCCUGCAGGUAGAUCAGUUUAAGGUAGUUAUGAAUUUAUGUGUAUGGUGUGCUUAGCAAUUUACAUAACACACUUGCUCUGAGAAGGAAAUCUCAUCAAUGUACUUAAAUGUAUGAAGGAUGGCUGUAAAGAAGACAGUUACUUUGGAGCUGUUCAAGGUGACCCUGACUGAGUCUGGGGAUUGAACCAGAUGACCUCCAGAGGUCCAUUCCAACCUCAGCCAUUCCAUAAUGCUGUGAUUCUGAGAAGAGGAAAAGUGCAUGAGGAUUUGUUGAGGAAGCCUGGGAUAUGGCAGAAAACUGAAGCAAGGUACAGUUUUCUUGUUUCCUUUAGAGAAGGAAAGGAUAUCCAUCUCCAGACAACCAGAAGAAUACCUGAGUGGGUAAAUUACCAUGAGGCAAGUUGGGGUGUGGAUUUACAGCAUAUUACGUACUCCACCCAAUGGCUUCUCUUUAAGAUUUAUACAAACAUGAAGCUGUUGUUUUUCCUGUGCCUUUUAAUUGUUGGGAUUCAUUCCAACAGUUAUUUCUAUGAGCCUAAUCGCCAAGGUGUAAGAAACCAAAAUCAAAGAGGCCAAGAAAAUCGAUAUAUGCUGCAGCAGACUGUAGGGAACAGCGUUUGUCAGUUUGCGUGCUGUUUCUACAAGGAGAUUUCUUCUCGUGAAAACAGUGGGAAUAUUUUCUUUUCUCCCUUGAGCAUCUCUACUGCCUUUGCAAUGCUGACUCUCGGUGCCAGAUCUGACACUCUGACACAGAUUCUUAGGGUCCUUAGUUUUAACCCACGUGAAAUUUCUGAAAACCAAAUACAUGAAGGUUAUCGUCAACUCAUGCAAAUGGUAAACAGAAAGAAUGAGGCGUUACAGCUGAAUAUGGGAAAUGUCCUGUUUGUUCUUGACCAAUUGAAACCACAAGAUAAAUUUUUAAAUAAUCUCAGAAACUUCUAUGAAGGAGAAGCUUAUCCUAUGAACUUCAAGAGAGCUAAUCAAGCCCAGAUGAAGAUUAAUGAAUAUGUAGCUGGAAGAACCAAUGGGAAAAUCAGGGACCUCAUAAAUAACCUUGAUCCACUUACUGAAAUUCUCCUCAUUAGUUAUAUUUAUUUUAACGCUGAAUGGGAAAAACCAUUUGACCCAAAGUACACUAAAAAGGAUAAAUUCUUUGUGGAUGGGAACAAGGUUGUUGAAGUCCCAAUGAUGUUUGGAAUGGGCCUGUUCAAGCAUGGUUAUGAUGAACAGCUGUCUUCCACAAUCGUGCAAAUGGAUUAUAAAGGAGGUGCUUCAGCAUUUUUUGUUCUGCCUGAUCAAGGAAGAAUGAGGAAGCUGGAAAAAAAAAUGUCUUGUGAACGUAUGGCAAGAUGGAGGACAUUAGUCUCAAAAAGCUCAGCAAAUUUUUAUCUUCCAAAAUUCACUCUUUAUGGGAGGUAUAACCUAAAAAAUAUGCUAUAUAGAAUGGGCAUCAUGGAUGUGUUCACUGAUAAGGCUGAUCUCUCUGGGAUCACUGGACAGCCACAGCACAGAAUUUCCCAGGCUAUACAUCAGGCUGUGGUGAAGGUGGAUGAGACUGGCACCGAAGCAGCAGCUGCCACAGGCAUGGAAAUAGUGCCUAUGUCUGUUCCAGUUACUAUUAAAUUGAACAGACCAUUCCUAAUGGUCAUAACUUUGGAGAACAAUAUACUUUUCAUGGGAAAAAUUGUGAACCCUCUGAAAAAAGAUUAAGUUGAUGUACAUAUUAGGUACGCAGUUAUCAACACUUAAAUCCAACGUUUCACGUAAUGAGCAUAGCAUGGCUACAGAGGGCUCUCCACCUCUUAACUAUGUUAUUCACUUUUUUUUUUUUGUAGAUGAGACACUUCAACAGUCUGUCAUAGUUGCAUGUUUGUUUGGGCCUUUUUUUUUUUUUUUUUUUUUUUUUUUUUUUAAAGAAGGAUACAUUCAGGCAAAACUGUCAUUAGAUCUGGAAAAAAGUAGGCCUGUGUAAUAACGACAGCAUAUAUACAUUUUCUAGCAGGGAAGAUGAGGAGCAUAUGAGCAUGUGGGUGGAGAGGAUUGUGUAAGCCUACUUCUUCCCUCAUGUCUGCCUUCUCACCACUUCUUUUUUUUUUUUUUUCAUUGACUGACAAAUGGGUACAAGUUAUCGCACUUAACUACUUGUCCCCAUUUUCCUACCAACGUGAAGUUCAAAUUAAGAAUAUAUUUUAACAUACAUAGUGCUUACUACCUUGCAUAAUACCAUUGUUUAGUGAGUCUGUUACCUCCUUGCCUUUCAGCUGUUCUGGCAUCUAAGCUGCUGAAAAGGGGGUCACAGAGAAGGUGUGUUUUUGCCUUGCCUAUCCACUGUUUCUGUAGGAGUUUCCAAUCCAAACUCAUUCCAGAGUAUAUGUGUCAGAAUUGGGUCUGAGAAAAGAAGACAUAAAUCAAAUCUCUACAGCUUCCUGGAUCAGACCUUUGUAAAUCUGAUAUACAGCUUAGAGCAGCUUCUGGCCAGUGCCUGCGCCUAAACCAGCUACUAGAGGAAACAUAAGCCAUCUCCUUGUGGUGCCAGUGCCUGUAGCAUUACCAUCUGGCCCUGGGAGAUUACCCAUGGUAGUAAGCACCAUUGCAGUAUUGUUUGUAGGACUGAGCACCCUACCAGUAGCACCUUAUACCCCAUUGGUGACUUUUACCAUGUCUUGAUAUAACCCCUUCUGUUCCCGGACUGUCCAGUAACACAACAUUGGUAUUCUAUUUAUCAUCUACUUCAUAGUUAACAUAGCAGCAAUAUUGUAGGAUCUGUUUUCACUAUUAGGAUGCACAAUACCAAAAGCCACAUUCAUAAUGCACAUGCUUAUUUAUUUUUUCUUAAGUUUACUUUCUUAUCUAUUUUUUCUUCUUGUUUCAGAACAUCUACCAGUAUUUUAUUUCUGUGCUCAUGUUCAUGGUAUAUAUCUGAUUUCUGGUUGCAGGAGGGGUAAAUUAUUGACUAAAAUGGGUUAGUCUGUUAAUGGGUGUUAAGCAUUAACAACAGUCUUUGUACAGUCUUGAAAUACGCAGACAAAUGUACUACAGUAGAAGAACAACAAUGAAUAAAUAUGACAUUAAAAGUUCCUAA